AUGCUGAACGCAAAGCAGCGCCGCAAGCUUUUGCGUGAGCAGCAACAGCAGCAGCAGAAGCAAGAAGAAGGCGUUUGUAUUGAGGAACAAAUUGAGAAGGAGACUAUAGAAACAUCAUCAGCAAUUGGAAAAGACGAGGAGAAGCUGAAUUCCAAGGAGCGCCGCCGAUUGGCGCGACAAGCAAAGCAGAAGCGUGAAGUUGGGACUGGAGAGGAGUUGACGACAGGAGGUUCGAGCGCACCGGUUGAUGAUAAACAGCCACUGAAUGCUCAGCAACGCCGUCUACUGAAUCGUCAGGAUAAGCGGAAGCAUGAGGGAGUGGAGAGUAUGAAGCCGGUACAGAAGAAGCGGAAGAAACAGACAAUGGAGGAAGACAAUGAUGCUUACAAGAGCAUUCACUUGACGCUGUUUGUGGGACAACUGCCAUUUUGUGCGACCGAGGAGAUGAUCCGAAAACACUUUGCAAAGGCAGGUGAUAUCAAGAUACGCAUGCGAACGGAUAAGAAGACAAAGAAGUUUAAGGGCACGGCAUUUAUUGAAGUAAAGGACAGUAAAGCAUUAGGUGCUGCUUUGUCACGUCAUCACACGUUGUUGCAGGGACGUCGUAUUAAUGUCGAACUAACUGCCAGUGGUGGAGGUAACAAGUCAGAGAACCGACGCAACAAGAUUGAUUUACUACGGAAGAAGCAGAGCAAUGUUCAGGUGGAAAAGACAAAGGCUUUGAUCCAGAAACAUAUUGACGGACCAGAGUAUCAGCUCAAGCAGGAGGACGUUGAUGAUCGAAUGAUUGACUUUCUAUCAUGGUUUGAUUAUGAAACGGCCAAGAACGCGCUGGAUGAGUACAAUCGCUGCGUCAGUGAUCGUGUGAAUAAUCGCAAAGCCUUUUUCAUGGGAAUUCUCAAGCGAUUUCGGCAAACCGACGGUGACGAGUAG